ACAGUGUGGCACGAGGAGCUGCCGAGCUGUCGCGCAACUUUACUUCACGUGUCAAACCACGCUAGCGCACACGUCGCGGAACGUCACUGUGUCGUUUGUAAACGCCGGACACGCAUACGGUGCUUUCGCGGCUCAUCGAGCUCGUGCUCUGUUAUUUCGUGAAACACACACUAUCGAGGGAAUCUGACGAUGGCGCCGAAGCAAAGAAUGCGCAUCGCCAACGAGAAGGCGACGAAGAACAUCACGUUACGCGGAAACGUUCCCAAGUCUUCGAAAUCGCAAGAAGAAAGUUCUCCAGUUGGUCCUUGGUUGCUAGCUUUAUUCCUCUUUGUUGUUUGUGGAUCUGCUGUAUUUCAAAUCAUCCAAAGUAUUAGAAUGGCUUGAAGAUGAAGAAGAAGGAAGGUGCUACUGUUAAUCUUAAUGCAACAUACUGUUUACAACUCAUCGCUAAUAUGAAAAAAAGAUUAGCGGAUUAUUUCAAUAGAUUGUAAAAAGGAAGAGUGAUAUUAUAGGAAACAAAAUGUAUACUCAUAAUGGCAAAAUUUUGACAGUAGCUGGAAAAUUA